GUUUUGUGUGUGUACCAAGACACUGAUAUAUACUGUAGCAGGGCUGCAGUGCACUGGAUUGUACUGAAUAGUGUAGCAUCUACACUGUCUGUGAGGGUGGGGUCCAGCUGUACUGAAAUCUUAGACACAGAAAGCAAGAGAUAGAGGGAGAGAGAGAGAGAAGAGGAGGGAGAGAUUGCACCAGGAGAGGAAGACAACAAGGUAUGAAAGGAGACACCCCAGUGAACAGCACUAUGAGUGUCGGUCAGGCCAGGAAGCUGGUGGAGCAGCUGAAGAUUGAGGCCAGUAUGUGCCGGAUCAAGGUGUCAAAGGCAGCAGCGGACUUGAUGGCGUACUGUGAUGCCCAUGCCUGUGAGGACCCUCUCAUCACCCCCGUGCCCACCUCCGAAAACCCGUUCAGGGAGAAGAAAUUCUUCUGCGCUCUCCUCUGAGUGAGACGGUGUGAGAGACACAUGCUGAAUACCAACAGCACCAAAUAAUAACGGUUUUACAUGAAUACACUCUACACACAAUACACAGCAACAUACUAUAAGGGGAGUUUCCAUGUAUAUUUCUUUGGGAAAAAAAAGGCUUUAGCUAUUAGUACAUGUUUUAAACAAAUGGCCCACCCUUGUGUACAAUAAAUCAUAACUGGGUUUUCUGUCCUGUGUUUUCACAUACAGUAUGAUUUAUAAUGUAUGUGAACUGUACAAGUUUUAAAAAAUGAAGAAAAUAGUUAAUGGACAGUGGCCUUUAUUG